AUGCGUUUCACUUCAAUUGUCGCCCUCCUCCCGGCCCUGGCUCUGGCCCAGGAGCAGGUGCCCCUCGCUGAUCGCGUGCAGGGCUGGUUCAACAAGGCGAAGAACCUCGUUCCCUCGCCCGUCCCUGAUGAGCCGGUCCAGAAGGUGGUUGAGAAGGUCUCGGAGAAGCAUGUCACCCCCGUGACGAUGCAGAACUGGCAGUCGAUCCUGACUCCUGCGGAGGACCCUCAGGAUUGGUAUAUUUUCGUGACCGGUGGCAACAAGACCUGCUUCGGUCGCUGCGACAUCGCAGAGAAGGCGUUCAAUGAAUCCGUGGUUCUCUUCUCCGCUGAUCGCACCUCCCCCAACCUCGGUUUGCUCAACUGUGAGGAAGAGCGCGUCCUCUGUGCUACCUGGUCCGCUGGCGCGCCCACCGUCUUCUACUUCCAGCUUCCUCAGGCCCAGCCCUUGGGCCAAGAGCGUCUCCCAACCCCUCUGCACGUGGUCUACUUGAACCACACCACCAUCACGCCCCAGGAACUGUAUCAGAUCCACUCCAAGAAGACUUUCGAGGACGUCCCUGCCUACGAGGGUGCUUUGCACCCCACUGAUGGCUGGCUCGCCAAGUACCAACUCAACGUGCCCGUUGGUUAUGCGAUCUGGGCCCUUGGUGCCAUUCCCAGCUGGUCCUUCAUGAUCCUUGUCAGCUUCUUCAGCCGUACCAUCAUGGGUCGCCGUAUGAACAACGCUGGCAAUGCGCCUCGUCGUGCUUGA